UCCACAACACGCAUGUAUUAUAUUUGCUGUCAGUUAGCUGUAAGAAAACUUUGGGGACAUGAGCGCUGAUAAUCGCGGUGGAAAUGUGUCUGUGCCUUUUCGAAAUCUGCUGAACUCAAUCCAGUGCGUUAGAGACCGAGUCAGAGAUGGAGAGUCCAAUGAGUCAGAUGGAGCUUUUAACCUCUCCAACUUCUGGGACACUCUGAACCAGGCAGUGAAGGCAGUGUCUCAGGAAGCCACUAAACUCAGCCUGGCCUUCUCCAAACCCCCGCUACCAUCACAACAGGACGGAGAGAAGUUAGCAGAGUCCCUCCUGAAGAGUGUCCUCACCCUGUCCACAGUGUAUUAUUGGCUACCUAAGAGCCAAGGUGUUAGUCUGCGCAGACAGGUCAGAGACGCUACGGUCGAGGUUCUGGAGGGAGUCACACAGCUGCUGGAGGUCAUACUGAGCUCACCGCUGCAGAGUCUGUCCCAGGAGCAGCUGACAUCAACAGGAGGUGUGUGGUCAGCCUGCGACCACUUUGCCCAAUUACCACAAGAUAAUAAGGCAGCAGUGCUUGUGGUUCUGUCCGCUCAGAUUGGAGUUGUUAAAGAUGCCAUAGAAGAAAUUGAACAGGCGUUAUCCGAGGUCCAGGACCCGUUCAAUGACAUUCUCGACGAUGACCAGGAGCCUCGAGGCAACCAGGACACUUAUUGGUCAGAGAAGGACCGGCUCGUGAUUAGUCCGUGCCAGGGGCUGAUGAAAGCAUCAGCGGCGUGUCUAAGGAAGCUGAUGUCAGCAGUAAAAGCCAAUGGCGAUGUCACGACAUCUCAGAGCCUGGCUCAGCUCGACGACCUGGCUGACAUCACCAAGGAAAUCAGUCCUGGUGUUGAUGAUCUGGCUCUCUCCCUCUACCCACCGAUGGACUACAGCGCAGUAGAGAACAACGCUUGUAAAUUGGCAGCACUGUUGAAGAAAGUUCUGGAGAUCAUCAGGUCCAGUCAUGUGUGUGGGGAGUCACAGCUGACCUGGGUUCAGUUCUUAGAUGGAGCCGUCGAUCACAACCUGCAAAAAGCCAAAGACCUUAUUCAGCUGGACAGCUAGUGUGUGUGUGUGUGUGUGCAAUUAGAAGUGUGUCUGAUAUGUGGUUUUAUGUGCCAGUGUACGGACUGAACGACCGGUGUGGUGUGGUGCGUGUGUGUGUGUCUGUGUGUGUGUCUGUGUGUGUGUCUGUGUGUGUGUCUGUGUGUGUGUGUGUAGCGUCUAGCAUCAAGACAUGCUGAUUCAUGUCCAACAUUUAGGAAUAAAAAAAGGAACAGUUUGUGUCCUUAUCAAAGCAAUUAUUUUGUCAGCAGUCACACAGUUUAUGCUCAGAUGACAGUUUGCUAAAAACUUGCACAACCGGACCCAAGAACAACUUUGUUACAGGACAGUUUGCCAAGUGAAUCAAUUAAAAUACAAAGGUAAUCUUCCUCUAAUCGUCUUGAAUCAUGGGUCCUUGAAGCACUAGCGUAGCUGAAAGAAAUAUUGGUGUCGAUCAAAAAAAGUCAGUGUGGCACAUCGAGUUUUUUGGCUGAUGUGCACCUCUACAGACAUAACCAUCCAUCCUGAAACUACACUACAUGUUGCCACUGCUACAAGGCUGUAAAGCUGAGUUUGGCGCGGUCCAGCGUGAUGAUGUUCUGUUAUUUAAUAUAGCCACUUGUUAGCUUUUUUGUUUUCAAGGAUGUCGCUUGCAUGGAUAUGUAUUGGAAAAAGUCAAGUAUAUUUCGGGACAGUCAUGUUUUUUAUCCAGAUUGUGUGCUGAGUUUUUAGAUCUAAUGUUUAGAUCCUCUCAGCCACUCCCUGUCAUUUCUGUACUGAGCUAUGUUUCCACGCAAUUCAGAUUGAACCAGUUCACAACUUUGGCUACUUUAUAUAUUUUUUUCAACUUAAUCUUCAGCACUAACAGAAGAUGGGAGCAACAAUAUAUUUUAUCCUAUAGAUGGAUCACCAUGUCUGAUUUUCACUUUUAUUUCAGUGUGCAGAUCAUCAUUAUGUUUAUUUUCUUAAACAUUAACAGUAACACAAGCAGUUACUUGCUUCCAUAAUUAGAGCUGAGAAAACAUCUGCACACAUCACACAGUUUGUAACUGACCUACUGUAAUUAUCAUGGUUCCCACGGACAUGUAAUACUUGGAAAAGUCAUGGAGUUUUACAAUCACAUUUUCCAAUAACCCCAAAGAAACAGAAAACAAAAAUGGCUCCAAACCGUCACUUUCUAAACUAAUGUUUGAUUUUGAACCCAAUGUGUAUGAAAAAUAUAAGUAGGGCAAAAAGAAAAACUUUUGAAAUUUUGUCCAUUAAAAUGUGCUGAACCCUGAA